GUAAACACAUUAGUGUAGCGAACGAGGAGCGAGGCGGCCGUAUCGCUAUUUAUCAUUUUAUAUACUUAAUUAAAUCAACAUUUGAUUAACGCGUCCGAGUAAAAUGUUGUACAGAUCGGCGGCUCUUCGCACGAAGAGACACGUGUUGAAGAAUCUCGCUUACUAUUCCACGUCUAAGAAUCGUCGUGUGAUAGCAAUCCGUCGUGAGGACCAGUCAGUAUGGGAGCGGCGCGCGCCCUUCGCCCCCGCCAACGUCAACCGGCUCGUCCGAAAGGGCGUCAAGGUCAUCGUGCAGCCCUCCAACCGCAGGGCCUACCCUAUGCAGUCGUACAUAAACGCUGGCGCGGUAGUCCAGGAGGACAUCAGCGAGGCCGGCGUUAUAUUCGGCGUGAAGCAGACGCCGGUGGACCUGCUCAUCCCCAACAAGACCUACUGCUUCUUCUCGCACACCAUCAAGGCGCAGGAGGCUAACAUGCCCAUGCUCGACGCGAUAUUGGCCAAGAACAUUCGUCUGAUAGACUACGAGAAGCUGAUGGACGACGCGGGCAACCGCGUGGUGGCGUUCGGCAAGUACGCCGGGGUGGCCGGCAUGAUCAACAUCCUGCACGGCCUGGGCCUGCGGCUGUUGGCGCUAGGCCACCACACGCCCUUCAUGCACGUGGGUCCGGCGCACAACUACCGCAACUCGAGCAUGGCGCGCCAGGCGAUCCGCGACGCCGGGUACGAGGUGGCGCUGGGCAUGAUGCCCAAGUCGCUCGGACCGCUCACCUUCGUAUUUACCGGAUCCGGGAAUGUAUCACAGGGAAGUCAAGAAAUCUUCCAAGAGCUUCCCCACGAGUACGUACCACCGGAAAUGCUGCGGAAGGUUGCUGAGCAUGGCAGUCCUAAUAAGAUCUACGGGUGCGAGGUGCGGCGUCGACACCACCUGGUGCGCAAGAACGGCGGCGGGUACGACGCGCAGGAGUACGAGGAGCACCCCGAGAGAUACAUCUCCACCUUCGCGCAGAAGAUAGCGCCGUACACCUCCGUGCUGGUGAACUGUAUCUACUGGGCGGUGGGCAGCCCCAAGCUGCUGACCAUCCCCGACGCCAAGCACCUGCUCGUCCCCACACUCACGCCCUGGCUGCCGCAGAGCAUCGGCGCGCCGGCGCUGCCGCAUCGGAUGCUGGCGAUCUGCGACAUCUCGGCGGACCCGGGCGGCUCCAUCGAGUUCAUGAACGAGUGCACCACCAUCGACACGCCCUUCUGUCUUUACGACGCCGACCGGAACAAGGACACCAAGAGCUUCAAGGGUCCGGGUGUGCUGGUGUGCUCCAUCGACAACAUGCCGACGCAGCUGCCGCGAGAGUCCACCGACUUCUUCGGCGACCUGCUCUACCCCUACUCCGAGGACAUCAUGGCAUCUGAUGCCACUAAACCGCUGGAGGACCACAAGUUCUCGCCCGUCGUGCAGGGGGCGAUCAUCACUAGCAACGGAAAGCUAACACCGCCCUUCGAGUACAUCAACGAGCUCCGAAUGUCCAAUAUCCGAUCUCGACACAAGGUGGAGGGCGGGGACCAGCAGACGCCGGUGCUGGUGCUGGGGUCGGGGCUGGUCUCCGCGCCCGUCGUCGAGUACCUCGCCCGCGACUCCAACAUCGCCGUCACCGUCGCGUCCCACGUGCGCGAGGAGGCGGACGCGCUAGCGGAGCGGUACGGCGUGCGCGCGGAAUACCUGGCGGCGGGUGACCAGAGCGCGCUGCGGGCGGCGGCGGCGCGCGCGCGGGUCGUCGUGUCCCUGCUACCGUAUGACCUGCACGCAGCCGUCGCGCGUGCGUGUCUCAGUGCGGGCGCGCAUCUGGUCACCGCGUCGUAUGUGCAGCCCGGCGUGCUGGAACUGCAUGACGAGGCCCAGGAGCAGGGUCUGACGUUCCUGAACGAGGUGGGCCUGGACCCGGGCAUUGACCACCUGCUGGCGCUGGAAUGCAUCCACGACGUGCAGAGCCACGGCGGCCGCGUCGACUCCUUCGUCUCCUACUGCGGAGGUCUGCCGGCGCCGGAGUUCAGCGACAACCCGCUGCGGUACAAGUUCUCGUGGAACCCGCGCGGCGUGCUGCUCAACACCGUCUCCGCCGCCAAGUACCUCAGCAGGGGACAGAUAGUGGAGGUGCUGAGCGGCGGCGAGCUGAUGUCUGUGGCCCGCGAGCUGGACUUCCUGCCCGGGUUCGCGUUCGAGGGCUUCCCCAACCGCGACAGCACCAAGUACUCCGCGCUAUACGGCAUCGAGGACGCGCACACCAUGUUCCGCGGCACGCUGCGGUACAAAGGUUUCGCAGAGACGAUGAAGGCGCUGCAGCUGUUCGGGUACGUGGACCCCAACCCCCACCCCUCCCUGCACCCCGACGGCCCGCAGAUCACAUGGGCGGAGUUUGCAUGCGAGCUACUCGGUCUGAUGGACUCCUCCAUCUUCUACGAGAACCUCAAGACGCGCGUGGCGGAGCGGCUCGGCGGCGCGGGGGCGCAGGCGCUAGAGUCGCUGGGGCUGCUGGGCAACGAGCCCAUAGUCAAGUGCAACUCGCCCCUCGACACUGUUAGCCACUACCUCGGCAAGCGGCUGCAGCUAGACGCGGGCGAGACGGACCUGGUGGUGCUCCGGCACGAGAUCGGCGUGACGUGGUCGGACGGGCGGCGCGAGCGGCGCGAGGUGACCAUGGCCGUGCGCGGCGGGCCCACGCACACCGCCAUGGCGCGCACCGUCGGCCUGCCCACCGCCAUCGCCGCCAAGAUGGUGCUGGACGGUGAGCUUCAGGAGCGCGGUGUGGUGCUCCCCUUCUCGCCGGUGGUGUACAAGUCGCUGCUAUCGCGACUACGCGCCGAGGGCAUCACUGCCAAGGAGGUCAUCAAGCCGCUCAAUUAAACGUGAUCACUGUCGAGAAGAUAUUAUAAAUCGUGGUCACAGUCUGCUCGAUGAAACACUACAUUAAUAUAACAGUCGAAAGACACACAAGUCGUGAUCACAAUCUGCACAGUGCAAAAUAGUCGUGGUCACACUUUGCUCAAAAAUUUCUGUGGUGGUCAUAAAGAAGCGCUUGAAUGAGCGGUCAUUAUAUCGCCAUCGUGAGCGAAACGUGACGCUCAAUCAAACGUUCUUCGUGAUCGCACUUCGCUCAUUUAAACAUUGGCCAUGCGUGGUCAUACUUCGAAUUGAUGGUCAGUAAAUCGUUACAAUGUUUGUCUAUAUGCUACUUCUACAAGCUAAAAGUGCAACGAUAGAUAACAUUUGGAAUUAAUCAAAAUAUGUAGUAUAAAUUAUUAUUGUCUAAGGUGACCAUGAAAUGACGAUGGAUUUUAUAGCCCUACAGGCUCAAAAUGAAUAAUAAUAGAUUUUGUUUAAUAAAUUCU